AUGGCGAACCAGAGUGGAGAAGCAAAACCGCCAAUUGGCAUCGUGGAGCUGCAUGGCGUGACUUGGCCGCGGUUUGUUACGAAGGAUUCUCUGGACACGCUAAAAGCCUACGAUGUAUGGGAGGAUGAUGUGUGGGUGGUGACGUAUCCAAAAGCAGGUACGCAUUGGGCGAUGGAGGUAGUGAAUCUCAUCCUCGUGGACGGUCACGAAGAUAAAAUCAACCGGGCCCAGCAGUCCUACCCUGUGGAGUUCCACAUACAACGACCGAACGCUCCCCCACCACAAUAUAAGACGAUGACGGAGUGGAAGGCACCGCGGGUCAUCAUGACGCAUCUGACGGAGGAGCUCAUGCCGAGCCAGAUUUACCAAGGAAAGGGCAAGGUUGUGUAUGUCAUCAGAAAUCCCAAGGAUACCACUGUGUCGAAUUGGAAGUUUAUCGGACCGAUGAACUUCGACCCCAAAUAUGAGAAAUGGGACGACUUCGUCAGAGAGUCCUUCUCCGAAGACAUGUUGUUUGGGUCGUGGUUUACUCACGUGUUGAACUUCUGGAAGAAGCAUCGUCAUGACAAGAACUUCUUGUUCCUGAAAUAUGAGGACAUGAAAAGAGACCUCAAGGGAGCCGUCAUACAGAUUUCCGAUUUCCUUGGGAAAAAUCUCUCGGAUGAAGCAAUCGAACGGGUGGUCGAGUUUAGCAGCUUGAAAAGCAUGAAGGCCCGCUUCAAUCAAGCUAAGGAAGCCAAAGAUACUAAAGAAGAGGCACCACAAUCUGCACCAGCCGACAAAGCGAGUGCGCCCUCUGGCGACGGGGCAAAGGCAGCUACCAGUAGGAAGAUUGGGGCGCCCUCGAUUAUCCGGAAAGGAAUUGUUGGCGACUGGAAGACGAUGUUCACCGUUGCACAGAACGAGCAAGUAGACGCUCUCUACCGAGAGAAAAUGGCAGGGUCUGGAUUGACGAUACAAUUUGAAUAAAAUAGGAAGACAGGGCGAGGCCCGAUAGGCUUUUUGCACUUCUGGCUUUUCUCUUAUUUGCAUAUUGUUCCUCAAGGGCUUACUUAAAUUUUUAUAUAUAAUGAAAAGCGUUGUCUUGAAGCAUUUACUUAGCUUUUAAGCGUGUUUAACUCAUUUAAUAUAAUUUUGAUUAAUGAUUGAUCAACCACAAGUAAAGCUUUAUACUGGUCAACUAAGGAAAUCCUUUCACACUUCGUGACUAGAGACUGGUGCCUUGUGUUUUUUGUUUGAUGGACUUAUGACUAUUAGCCAUGACUUGUGACUCCUUGCGAUGACGUAUGACGACUUGUGAUGACUUAUGGCGACUUGCGAUGACUUGUGAUCACAACUCUUCUCCUCGUGUUAAAUAAGGAGAACAGUUGUGAUCACAACUCUUCCCCUUGUGUUAAACAAGGAAAAGAGUUGUGAUCACAAGUCAUCGUAAGUCGUCAUAAGUCAUCGCAAGUCGUCAUAAGUCUUAGCAAGUAGUCGUAAGUCAUCAUCGUAAGCUUGUUUAAGCGAGUGAGCUAGGCUUUCCGUCAAUUGGUAAUCAUCAGCGUUUUAUUUUCUGCCGGCAAGAUUUUAAAUGGUAAAAUAUUAGGGUAAUUCUGUGCAUUGCAAUGUUUACUUUGUACGAAAGGCAUUUGAAAACGACGCCUUUUUUUGAAUUUGUGUAGCAUCUAGUUUAAUAGGGAUUGUUUCAAGUACGUAAGUUGGCGUCUUGAGAAAUUGUAGUUGUAGAAACGUCAAAACACCAAGGUUUGCACUGUGCCUUCCUAUUCUGGUGUUGACGUGUGCAUGACGAAUAAAUCUUGGUGAGUUUUUGAUCAUAAAGUAAUCCUUCAUUUUCAUUAUUCAUGUUACUAUUAUUACAAAGACACUCUUUGCCAACGCAAAAACAUUUUUAUAAAAUGUCAAAUUCGAUUAUGCUUGUUCACAAAUAAAAUAAUCAAGGACGUUUAUCUUA